AUGGCUGCAGCCAUGCAAGGGGCUCGAGCUCUUCCGGAUGACGACGAGGGCAUAGCACGGGAGUACGACUUGCUCUCAUCUUAUACCGAUACAACGGAUUAUUACUCCCUUCUGGCGCUGUCGCGCGAUCCACCUCCCACCGAUGCCGCGAUUCGCUCUGCCUACCGGACCUUGACAUUGAGCUUCCAUCCGGACAAGCAGCCGUCGCAUCUCCAAGAAGCCGCCCGAAACCACUUCGGGAAGAUACAGACUGCUUAUGAGACCCUCAUAGAUCCUAAGAAGCGGGUAGUCUACGACUUGAUGGGUGAGGAAGGUGUACAAAGAGAAUGGGGCAAGACGGGCCUUUUGGGACAAUUCGGUGAGGCUGAAAGGAUGCAAGUGGGCGUGAAAGCCAUGGACGAAACUCAAUUCCGCCGGUGGUUUGUACGUAAGAUGAAGGAAAGGGAGCAUUCCGUGCUGCAGGACAUGGUCUCGAGCAAGGUAACCAUGCAACUUGGUCUCGAUGCACAUAUGUUCAGCAAGGAAGGGGAAGAUACCAUAAUUAGUACCCCAGAUUUGAAGCCGUCGCAUUUUGCCCUUGGCUUCAAUUUUGAUAUCCCUUUCCCUUCUAUUCCUGGAUUCAGCCCGUCAAGUAGCCAUGGCGAAGAUGAGGGUGAUGAGGACGAGAAUGGAUCAGCACGAAAAGAAAGUGUCGGCCCCGAAGAAGAAGAUGAGGAGAGUAUGAAAGUGGUAAUUCAUGCAGGUGCGGGCGGAAAACUUCAACGGAUGACGCGCGUCAUCACUGUUGUCUAUCCCGGAAUCGAAGGGGAAAGAGAUUUAGAGCAAGAACUGCCGCGAAGAUUUUUAGUCAACAAUAUCUCUGUGGGAGCUCAUGUACAACAUGUUGUACAGAGUCAUGACAUCAAUGAUGCUCUGCUCAAUCGUCUCUUAUUUCCAUUCUUGGGCCAGUCGUCAAUCAAAGUUGGCGCCUCACUGCUUCCACUUCCCUUACUCUCUUUAGAGUUGGGGAAGUCCCUCGUCCUCAUUCCGCAGACAUACCCUUUCCAAUUCAAUCUGAGAACGGCAGUAACGAAUUCUCCUCUGCUUACGCCACCCCCUUUGGACAUAUCCGUUCAAAGACGAGUGGGCAAUGGAAAGUUAAUGUACUGCAAUUGGUCCAGCGGAAGUCUUUCAUGGCCAAAUUUCAUCUCCAAUAUCUUUGAUUCUGUAGCCAAACUCAUAUAUGGCGGAGAUAUAUCUUUCGUCUUUCCUAAAGAGGAGAGCAAAUUUGAAUUAGGACUCCAGAUCAUUUCCAAACCAUUUUCUAGGACCCAGCGAGAGCACAUAGAUGAAGAUGAAGAAACAGCAGAGGACAGCAGCAGGCAUUCAAAGCCCGGUGGGAACUGGGGGAUUUUGCUCCAUUCCUCACCCGGCACUCUACAUCUUACCCUAAAUUAUGCCAAGAAUCUUUUCACAUCUGAACCCGAACAGCCAGCUUUAUCCCAGUGGAGCUACGAAGGUUACACUCCUCGAAAGGAGGUAAUAAACAGCCCUCCUGUCCGAUUAGAAAUCGCAGCAACUGCUUCAAUAGACCUCUCCACAGGUUGGAUGAUAUCGGGUUCCCGCGAGGUUGGAAGAUUCACUCGCAUGGGACUCGGUAUUGGGGUCGAAGGUGGUAGGGGGCUGGUAUGUUCAAUUACGUGGAGUCGACUGGGACAAAAAUUAAAAUUGCCAAUCGCAAUCUGCCCAUUGGGUGUAGUGAAUGCUGAUAUUGCCAGCAUGGCAGUGAUAGUGCCAUGGCUCACAUAUUCGAUUCUGGAGUUUGGAUAUUGGCGUCCCCGGCAGAGACGGAUGCAGAAGAAGGCAAUCGCCAAGCAACAAAGAAGAGUACAAAGGCUCAUGGCUAAGCGGAAAGCACAAAGCUUGGAGGCUAUCGAGUUGAUGAAGGAUCAUGUCACCCGAAGACAGGACAUGGAAGAACAAAGGGGCGGCUUAGUGAUUCUUCAUGCCGAAUACGGACACAUACCACCUCAGUCGACCUUCAGCAUCAGCAGAUCUAACUCAAGGGCUCAUGAGAAUAUGGUUGACGUCACUCUUCCAGUUGCGGCGCUUGUCGACCAGGGACAAUUGAACAUUCCCCGUAGCACAGUCAAGAGCGAUAUUGUCGGCUUCAGUGACCCUGCUCCGUUUAUGCCCAAGAUUCUGCGGAUAGAGUACAUCUUUGGGUGGAAGAAACACUUUGUUGAGAUACCAGAUGGCGAAGCUGUCAUUUGCCCAAUGCAGUCACACAUGGCAUAA